AUUCGUGAUAGGCAUUCGUUGAUACAUUUUCUACUUAAGAAAAGGAAAAAAUGUACAACUAACCAACUUCAGACAAAAAAAACAUAAUGAUAAAUGAAUAAGAAAAUAAAACGAUAAUACACGAAACAGUAAACAAGCCGUUUCUUAACAAGAACUUAUGUCUAUGAAAAUUCGAAAAUUCAACCCUGCCAACGGUUCAUUGGCCGAACGUCAGCCAAUCAUGAUGACGCCCGUUGAACUCCCUAUGAGGAAUUACAGUGACGUCACAGCCACCAGCGACCAAUCACCAGCCAGGAACGACAACACGAUAACGCUGCCGACCAAUUACAACACGAUACAGGUUGACCCUUUACCCGUGGCUUCCCUCCGAGACAGCGACGGCGGCUACCUCGGUCCCGCCGCCAUCCCUCCCCCGCCCACGCAGGACCCGCCCCUCCCUCACGCCCACGAAAGCGCCCGGGGUCAAGCAGGCCGCCCACAGAACGGGGUGGUCGGUCACGGGCGUGAGGGAUCGGCGGCGGAGGGAGAGGAGGAAGAGGAUAAGAAGGACUGAGAGGAUUCUUGGCCCGUCGGACGCCCUGCGAGAGACGCCUGGCGGUGGCCGUGGUCGCCCUCGCCUUGGUGCUGGCCGGUCUGGGCGGGGUCAUACACGCACGCCCUCAACGAUCCCUCUUGACCUUGACCUUGACCUCAGGUGCGCCCCGGUGGCUUCAAAUCCCCCAGUUCUCCCAGGCCGAAAGUUGCAACAGCAGGGAGUGCGUGAGGGCAGCUGGUGAUAUCAUCGACGGUUUGGACGAAUCAGCUGAUCCCUGUGAAGAUUUCGUAAAGUUUGCCUGCGGAGGAUGGUUCCGAGAACAUCCCAUACCCUCCAUGGAAUAUCGCUGGGGGCUCUUCGACACCGUGGAAGAACGGACGGUCUAUGAUAUCAAAGGACUUUUGGAGGAAGAUUAUACAGAAAAUGAGAUUUUCCCCGUGAGAGCUGCGAAAAAGGUUUUCAAAGCUUGUGUCAACAACACCGCGUGGAGAGAGGUCAGCUUGCGACCUCUGCUUGACCUGCUGAAGAGCGAGGGCGGUCUCCCGAUGCUCGAGUCGAACUGGACUGGCGACGACUUCGACUUCGUGACGUCGAUGGCCCGGAUGAGGGGUCUGUACGGCGGGAUGGCCGUCGUUAGCCUCACGGUAGAAAUGGACAGCUUUAAUACGUCUUCGAACGUUAUUCUCCUGAGCCAAGGAUUCCUCCAGAUGCGGCGAGAAUCCCUCCUGGAGGAGAACUCCACCACGAACAAGGACAAGUAUCUCACGUACAUGCACACGUCCGGCGCUCAGAUGCUGGUGGAGUUGGGGCGAGACACGGAGCAGGCGCUGGCGACGCUGGUGGAGGACAGCCUCGCCAUGUGGGAGUUCUCCGUCGAGUUGGCGAAGUUGGGGCGAGACACGGAGCAGGCGCUGGCGACGCUGGUGGAGGACAGCCUCGCCAUGUGGGAGUUCUCCGUCGAGUUGGCGAAGAUCACGGUCCCGGAGUCGAACCUGGGUGACCCGUGGAUGACCUACAACCCGACGACCAUCGCUGACCUGCAGGCGAAGUGCGACCAGGCGGCUCCGGGGUUUAAGUUCGACUGGCUCCGAUUCCUCCGAGAGACGUUUCGCGAAGCCGAAGUCGAGGUCACCGGCGAAGAGAGACUCGUGGUCGAGGUUCCGAACUACCUGACGGCGCUGAUGAGGCUUCUGAAGGCGACGCCGAAGAGGGUCCUGGCGAACUACUUACUGAUGCAGCUGGUUCAAGGCAUGGCAGAUGAGGUCUCUGUGGGCUCCAGGGAUGACCUCCGGAAACUCGACUCGCAGAAGGAUGUGAAGUCCUUUGGCCGUAGCAGUGGAAGAGCAUGGUAUGACUGUGCUCAAAAGACUAACAAGGUCCUUGAUAUGGCAGUCGGUUAUAUGUAUAUAAAAAAUCGAGUUGGUGAGAAUGUUGUUCAUAUGGCCAGGGAGGUGGUCGAGGACAUCAGAGCCGCCUUCAGGAACAUGCUGACGGCGGCGGCGUGGAUGGGGGCGGCCCGCGAGGAGGCCCUGAGGAAGGUGGACAGUAUGCUGACCCUCGUGGCCUACCCUGACCUGCUGACCAAUGAGACCGGCUUGGAGGAUUUCCAUAGUGGUCUCCCGGAGAUGGAUGAGAAGAAGCAUUUCGAAAACAUGAUGGCACUCACCCGCUGGCACAGUGUCCGAUCCCUGGCACGGCUGAGGAAACCUGUUGUUAGGGAAGGACACAUAGAAAAAAAGAAAUGCAUUGAGAUCUAG